AUGUUCCUGGCUAGCAGCAUGCUAGUAUUCGUUGCUGGGACACGGCAUUACCAGCCGGUCACACCUCCAGAAAGGGAAUUGGGCGCCGGCAACGGGGGAUCAGUCUACCAUCACUGGCUUUACCCGACGACGAGCCCCUGUAAAGCAGGUUUCGCCGGCGGUGCUUCAGAUUCUGGCUACAAAAAGUGCAAGCGAACUUCUCUCGCAAGUUGGGGUGUAGACAACAGAGCUGCUAAUGUUGCUAUUUCCCCUGAACCCGUGUUGACAUCCAGCGAUCCAGGCUAUGCUGAGUGGCUGCAAGGGCAAUAUAAUGAGUCAUAUUGCCACUACAUAAGGUGUAGAAUGUACAAGGCCUGUAAUUAA